GUUUAGCGUAGGAUUUUGCUCGUAGCUAGCCAACGGCUUUCGCUUAGCCCCCGCUAAUUCUGAGCUUCUGAUUGGCCCGUUACGUCGAAGCGCCUUCUCCGAUUGGUGAAAAGAGCCAAGUUGUUCCUACGAGUUCUUCCGGCUUUACAUGUUAAGGGGGAAAAAAAGAAAAGACGAAUGGAAAAAUUGUGAUCCGCAAAACGACCAUUGCCUAGUUCUUUAGCGGUUACGGUCAGAAGUAGGUCGGAUGAGCUCUCAGCAAUUCCCCCGACACGGGCUCCCUGCGGUCAGCGGGGGCGCCGCUCCGAUCCCUGCCGCAGCAAACCUGCUGCCUGUCAACCAGCCGCCCAACAACCCUCCAGCAUCUGCCGGAGAGGGAGAGGGCGGCCGUGAAAGCGAUCACGGCCAGCAGGACCACCCGCUGACCACCGGAGGGGCAGGGUUGGCCUUCAGAGAUGACAAGCAGGAGACCAUGGUGGUCCGACCGUACCCGCAGGUCCAGAUGCACGGGCAGCCGCAAGCUGCUCCCCAGACCGUCUCCAUCCAGCCUGGAGCCCCUGUCACCCUCCCUGCACCCACUGUCCACCUCCCACAGGGCCAGCCUGCGGUCCUCACUGAUGGUCAGAUGAAGGCUGUUCUUAAGCCACCCAUUCCAAGUCGUCUGAUUGCCCCAGCACCAGCUUCCAACCCAGCUCAUAUACCUAAGGUGGCGAGCCACAUUACCGUCACCAUAGAGAGCACUAUGCCCACCACCCCAUCCAUCCCUGUGGCAACCAUCAGCGGGCAGCAGGGGCACUCCAGCAACGUGCACCACAUAGUGCCAACUAACAUUCACAUUAUAAGGGGUCCCACUGUUCCCUUCACAUCCCAUUUGCCUCGAGGGGCCGCAGCAGCUGCUGUCAUGUCCAGCUCCAAAACGGUCCUGCGGCCCGCUACUGGAGCAAGUGCAGGCCCUGGCCAGCCCACAGUGCAGCACAUCAUCCAUCAGACUAUCCAGUCCCGUCCUGCUGUGACAACAUCCACAGCCGUGCUCCCAACGGUGGUGGCACCUAUUUCAGCUACCAGAACCCAGUCUCCUGUGAUCAGUCCGACAGUCACUCACUCUGAAGUUUCACAUGGGCGUCCAGCGCUGACUAUCCACCCGCCUCCUGCCACCGUCAGCAUUCAGAGGCCCCAAACGUCACGAGACUCGGCCACGCGGAUCACUCUGCCGUCACACCCUGCGAUUGGAGCUCAAAAAGCCCAGCCGCUGCACACCAUGGCGCAGAAGCCCAUCUUCAGUACCGUGACUCCUGUCGCCGCAGCCACGGUGGCACCAAUAGUCGCCACCAACACUGUGCCAUCCACCACCACCAUAGGUUCUGUACCUCAUACCCAAAUGACCAGCAGCACUAUUGUCACCAUGACAAUGGCGUCUCACUCCUCUCAUGCCACGGCAGUGACCACAUCCACCAUCCCUGUUGCUAAAGUGGUCCCGCAGCCCAUCGCCCACUCUUCCUCCCGCGUGCAGGCUGAGUACCCCGGAGAGAGGACCAACCUCAUCCCCAUCCCUGGACACAGGUCCUCUCCUAACCCCGUCACCAUGGAAACCAGAAGUGACAACAGGUCUUCUUUACCAGUGCAGUUCCAGUAUUUCCUCCCAGCCUAUUGUUCGUCCUACCCUCUGACACACACCUACACCCCCAUCAGCAGCUCCGUGUCCACCAUCCGCCAGUAUCCCGUUACCCCUCAAGCUCCGAGCUCAACCCUACCCACGCAGGCUGGAGUGGGCGUGGCUACCACCGUUCACCUUAACCACAUGCAGCUGAUGACGGUGGAUCGGAUCGGUCUGCCGUCGGCACAGAUCAGUACCCAGGGGAUCCAGCCUGCGCCCAUUGCCGCCCAGGGCAUGCAGCCUGCACAGAUCGGAGUUCAGGGUCUGCACACGUCUGCGCCCAUCACUACACAAGGAGUACAGCCGGCACCCAUCGUCACGCAGCAGCAGCAGCAGCCGCAGCCACAGCAGCAGCAGCAGCAGCAGUCUGAAGCAAAGCUGGGGGUUGUUUUGGCUGACGGCUUCGUAGCGAGCCCCAUCAGCACCACGUUUGGUACCACCCAGCCGGUAGCUACGAUGGGGCAGGCCCACACACAGGGAGGAGGAGCGGGAGGAGCUGCCCCCUCGGGUUCCUCCCCUCGACCCAGCAUCCUGCGGAAGAAACCUGCGGCCGAGGGAUGUGUUCGUAAGAACCUGAUGCCCGCCCAGCCCAGCGAGACAAGCAGUGGCAGGAUUGAUGGCGGCGUGAGAGGAGCAGGCUCUCCCCGGCCUGCAGGAGUUAAACCCAAGGCUGAGGUCCACAUGGCCGUGGCCCCCCCGGUCAUGGCUACAGUCGAAGCUCUGCCUGCUCAGGGAGGGGAGCAGCAGGCCUCCAACCCCCAGCACCUGACCCAGGCCAUGCCCACCAUGCUCGCCACGCCCGGACCCGCGCCUCCCUCCCAGCCUUCCACCGUCCUCUCCCUGCCGGUAGCCAUGGCGGUGACGCCCCCCGUCCCCGCGUCCAUGGCCAACACCGUGGCCUCCCCCACCCAGCCUGCCGCCAGCAGCACCGCAGCGUGUGCCGCCAGCUCCGCCUGUCCAGAUGUCAAAAUCAAGCAAGAGGUGGAAACGAUGGACGCCUCGCAGCCAGAUCCCAAUGUGAAUUUGUCCUCAGCGCCGGCCGUCACCACCCAGGCCAACACGCUGAACCCUCCUGCAGGAGAUCUGGUCCCUGGGGCCUCCCCGAGGAAGAAGCCCCGCAAACAGCAGCACGUCAUCUCCACCGAGGAGAGCGAGAUGAUGGAGACCAACAGCACGGAUGAGGAGAAGGCCCCAGGGAGGCCCAUCACUGGCAGGGCGGAGAGACGCGAGUCGCCUCCAAGGGAAUAUGUUGAUGAAGAAGGAGUGCGGUAUGUGCCAGUCAGACCCCGUCCACCCAUCACUCUGCUGCGCCACUACCGGAACCCCUGGAAGGCUGCCUACCAUCACUUUCAGAGGUACAGCGACAUCCGGGUCAAAGAGGAGAAGAAGUGCACCUUGCAGGACAUGGCCAAUCAGAGAGGAGUGGCAUGCAGGGCGCAAGGCUGGAAGAUUCACCUGUGUGCUGCACAGCUCAGACAGUUGUCAAGUUUGGAGCAUGAUGUGUACAGCCGUCUCUCGACCCUCCAAGAGGGUCUUAUUCCAAAGAAGAGAGCCGGCUCAGACGACGACCUGCACCGAAUCAACGAGCUCAUCCAGGGCAACAUGCAGCGCUGCAAGCUGGUGAUGGACCAAGUGACCGAGGCCAGAGACACCAUGAUGAAGGUGCUCGACCACAAGGAGAAAGUCCUGAAGCUGCUCAACAAGAACGGCACCGUCAAGAAGUCCUCCAAACUCAAGCGCAAAGAACGAGCGUAAGGGUGAGUCUGCUCUAACGUCGACGCCCACCCGCCCGGCCGCCGCCGCCACCCCGCUUCUGAGAGGGGCGAAGGAGCUGCUCUGAAAUCUGGUGCUAUGAUUUGCUGCAUACAAUCGCACGCGCCCUUCCUACGCCUGUGAUGGGACAGAGGGAAGCCAGCGGGAGGCUUCAGCGAUGGGAGCAGCUGAUCCGGACAGCGUUCUCUUGAAGACGCAGUGAAGCAUUCUAGGCUGUAUUAGUGUGCACAAAAAACAAACCAACGGAUUCUCUGCAGACUCUUGAGGCUUGUUGUAAUGUUCAUUUCUGCCUCUUCCGUUAGGACAGUUCAAAGAUGGCUUUCUGUCUGUCUGUCUGUGAUAAUUGGCAUGCAGAUGCAGUGAAUCGGACCCCGUCAGAACAUUUUAAGUUGGUCUCCACAGGAUUUUAUUUUAGCCAACAGUUUCUUCAGACUAACCUCGGCUGUUCUCAGUCUGUGCCUUCAUGUUCUUAGUGUAGGUGAAUUGGACGUAGAAAUGUGGAGGCCCUACCACAUUUCACACUUUUACAUUUUUAUUUUUUUUAUUUUUCAGUAUAUAUUUUUUAUUUGCUGGAAUGGUUACACAUUUACCCUUUAUGAGCCCCAUAUUUAGUUGUAAUUUACAAACAAAAUGACCAUUCUCGUGUGGGUUAAACCUUAAUGUGGCAUGUUAAAAGAAUCUAUUAUAGUAAAGAACCUUUCAUACCUAAUGUCCUUAGUUUAAAAAAAAAGUGAGAAUGCCAAGACCUUGAUCUGCCAUCUCUAAUCCACUUUAAGAUGAAUAGAUGUUACACCAUUUAGAGGUUGCUUUGAUUUGCCCUGAGAGACUGUGUGCAGUGUUUAAAACAAAGAAGAAGAAAAGAGACUAACUGGCCUUGUGUGGUCACGGCGGCAGACAGACUUCAUGUAAAUCACUGUAAAUGUGCUUUUGGUUUUUCAUUGACCCGGUUCUUUUCAAGUUUUUGUACUCGAUGAAACAGUUUGUGUUGUGAGUGUUGUGCUGCUUCAUUGCUGCAGAGUGUAACCAUUUUGACGUUGCAGAAUGAAGUAGGCCUGAAAAUAUCUAGUUAUUGUACAUUGUUUUUUUUUUUUGUCUGUGUAAUUACAGUAAAGAUACUUCAAGCUGCA